GUUCUAAUGUAGAAUGUAAACCUAUAUUCUCUCUAGGGCCGAAUCAUCCUCACAGGAAUCAGAUUCACCAGAGCAGAUUCCCCAGGGGAAUCUGAUUCCUGUGGGGAUGGUUCUGUCCUAGGGAGAUAUAGGCUUAGCCAAGCUGGAAAUCUCAUGUGCGUAUUUACCAGAUUCUGGGGUUGCUGGCAAACCAUUUUCAGGCAUGAUCUGAUUCAAAUCUUUUAGACCCAGGCACACGGUGGCUCAUGCCUGUCAUCCCAGCACUUUGGGAGGCCAAGGCGGGCAGGCAGAUGGCUUGAGCCCAGGAGUUCAAGACCAGCCUGGGCAACAAAGCAAGACAGCAUCUCUACAAAAAAAUACACAAAUUAGCCGGGCAGUGCCCUGUAGUUCAGCUGUUCAGGAGGCUGAUGGGAGAGGAUCGCUUGGGUCUGGGGAGUUGAGGCUGCAGUGAGUUGCGAUUGUACCGCUGGGCGACAGAGCAGUAACCUGUCUCUAGAGAAAGAAAGGAAAAGGUGAUAUCCAUUAGAGCAGUGAUGUUAUUUUCCUGUUUAUUUCCUUGCUAUAUUCCUAAAAGAAUAUACUUAAUAAACACUGAAUAAAUGAGAAGCAUAAAACCAUGUCCAUUUCAUCUUGGAUUGAGUUGCCUGCUUUCUACACAAAGAAAAUAGAUCCCAAGAGGCAAGGACCAGUUGCACUCACACAGGAAGCGAACCAUGUUCACUGAGCAGCAGCUGAAAGAUCUGAACGUCCUAUUCGAUGAGAACCCAUACCCAAACUCCAGCCAGCAGAAAGAAAUGGCCUCGAAACUAAACGUGCCCCCCACAGUACUGCAGGUCUGGUUCAAGAACCGCAGAGCAAAGCUCAGGAAAGACAAAUGCAGGCGCCCUCAGCAAAAGGAAGAGAGUCCACAGCCGCCGGGCCCGGAGGGUGGGGUCAGCACCAGCGUCAGCCGGAGACCUGCAGACGCGCCACCCAGAUUGCCCAGCGCCGCUCGCCCGGUCGGCCUGGUGUACACGGGUCAUCGGGUACCCUCGUUCCAGCUCAUCGCAUACCCCAACCUCAAGGUCCCCGCACAUGAGUUCCUUGGCCACAGAAUGGUCCAUUUUGGCUGCUGCCAAGAUCCUAACGUAUACCUCCUCUACCCCAUUGUGUAACCCCAAGCUUCCGCUCCAUGCUUCAGUUCUGCUGCUUCUGCCUGCUCAUCUCUACAAAGUCAAGAGAGAUGAUGAAUACAGAAAGUCAC